UGAAUUUAACACACACACACACACACACACCACUAACAUUCAAAAUUGACAAACGUCAAAAAAAGCAAAUUAGUUAUUGUAAAAAUGCAGAUAUUUGACAUUAUUUACAGCCUUUUUUAAUGAUAAAAUGUAAAUUAAUAUUUUUUAUGAUUUCACAGAAAAAUUAUGAAAAAUGUUUAAUGAAUAUUAAAGAGUUUGAAUGUUUUUUUUUUAUUUUAAAUCACAGCAAAAAGUGGUCAUUUACAUGUUAACCACAGACAAAUAUAAAUAAUGUUCACAACCAAAAUGUGUAUUUAUUCAGAGAGUAAUUUGUUGUUUUACAGACAUAAUUAUAUUUUUUGUAAUUUGUAAUGUAUUUAAAUGAGCAAAAAUAUGAUUAUUUUAAAAAAUUGCUGUUUGUAAGAAACAAAUAUAUAUAUUGUUUACUUUACAUAUUUCCCUGUUUUAAGCAUCUAUUAAAGCUGUUUUUAUGAUGUUUAAUCAUCUAAAUGUUUUAUUUAUUGUCUGGUUUUCCUCACUAAACGUAUUAUGUGAUUCCAACGUGAACAUUUUCUCUCUCUGGAGCAGCCUCCACGCAUGCGCAGUGGCUCCACCAGCGGGCAGCAGCUCCUCGGUGCUUCAGUCGCUCCAGAGCCUCCAGAGGUCCGGUUACCAUGAAAGUCUCCGCCGGUACCGGCACCGACUGCAGCCUCACACCGAGCUCCGAGCCGCUCUCCGCCCAGCAGGAUGCCCGGAGGAAAGAGAGGGCUGGUGGCUCCGCAGAACACUUUCCUGGAGAACAUCGUCCGGAGGUCCAGCGAGACGAGCUUCCUGCUGGGAAACGCUCAGAUCGUGGAGUGGCCGGUCGUCUACAGCAAUGACGGAUUCUGUAAACUGUCUGGAUUCCACAGAGCAGAAGUCAUGCAGAAGAGCAGCACAUGCAGCUUUAUGUACGGAGAGCUGACGGACAAGAAGACCAUCGAUAAAGUCCGGCAGACGUUCGACAACUACGAGUCCAACUGCUUCGAGAUCCUGCUGUACAGGAAGAACAGAAGUCCGGUGUGGUUCUACAUGCAGGUGGCUCCCAUCAGAAACGAGAACGACAAGGUGGUUCUGUUCCUCUGCACCUUUAAGGACAUCACUCUGUUCAAGCAGCCUAUCGAAGACGAGACCACCAAAGGUUGGACUAAGUUCGCUCGGCUCACCAGGGCGCUCACCAACAACAGGAACACUCUGCAGCAGCUGGCGCCCAUCAGCAAACAUGAAGUCAGCCACAAACAGUCGAGGCUGGCCGAGGUCCUGCAGCUCAACUCCGACAUCCUCCCUCAGUACAAGCAGGAGGCGCCCAAGACGCCGCCACACAUCAUCCUGCACUACUGCACCUUCAAGACCACGUGGGACUGGGUCAUCCUCAUCCUCACCUUCUACACCGCCAUCAUGGUGCCCUACAACGUCUCCUUCAAGACCAAGCAGAACAACAUCGUGUGGCUGGUGCUGGACAGCGUCGUGGACGUCAUCUUCCUCGUCGACAUCGUCCUCAACUUCCACACCACCUUCGUGGGUCCCGGCGGGGAGGUGAUCUCCGACCCCAAGCUCAUCCGAAUGAACUACCUGAAGACCUGGUUCGUCAUCGACCUGCUGUCCUGCCUGCCCUACGACAUCAUCAACGCCUUUGAGAACGUCGACGAGGGCAUCAGCAGCCUGUUCAGCUCCCUGAAGGUGGUUCGGCUGCUUCGUCUCGGACGGGUCGCCAGAAAACUGGACCAUUACCUGGAAUACGGAGCGGCAGUUCUGGUUCUACUGGUCUGCGUGUUCGGACUGGUGGCCCACUGGCUCGCCUGCAUCUGGUACAGCAUCGGAGACUACGAGGUGAUCGACGAGGCCACCAACACCAUCAAGAUGGACAGUUGGCUGUACCAGCUGGCCAUCAGCAUCGGGUCACCGUAUCGGUAUAACGCCAGCGGUUCUGGCCAAUGGGAGGGCGGACCAGGUAAAGACUCCCUGUACAUCACCUCGCUGUACUUCACCAUGACCAGCCUGACCACCAUCGGCUUCGGGAACAUCGCCCCAAGCACCGACGGAGAGAAGAUCUUCUCUGUGGCCAUGAUGAUGGUUGGAUCUCUGCUCUACGCCACCAUCUUUGGAAACGUGACCACCAUCUUCCAGCAGAUGUACGCCAACACCAACCGCUACCACGAGAUGCUCAACAACGUCAGGGACUUCCUGAAGCUCUACCAGGUUCCUAAAGGCCUCAGCGAGCGGGUGAUGGACUACAUCGUGUCCACCUGGUCCAUGUCCAAAGGCAUCGACACGGAGAAGGUUUUAUCCAUCUGUCCUAAAGACAUGCGAGCUGACAUCUGUGUCCACCUCAACAGGAAGGUGUUCAACGAGCAUCCUGCAUUCCGGUUGGCCAGCGACGGCUGCCUUCGCUCACUGGCGGUGGAGUUUCAGACGACCCACUGCGCUCCAGGAGAUCUCAUCUUUCAUGCUGGCGAGAGCGUUGACACCCUCUGCUUUGUGGUGUCGGGGUCACUGGAGGUCAUCCAAGACGAUGAGGUCAUUGCCAUCUUGGGUAAAGGCGACGUGUUCGGAGACGUCUUCUGGAAGGAAACCACUCUGGCUCAUGCCUGCGCUAACGUCCGGGCGCUUACCUACUGCGACCUCCACGUAAUCAAGAGGGAAGCUCUGCUCAAAGUCCUGGAGUUCUACACGGCGUUCGCCAACUCCUUCUCACGAAACCUCAUCCUCACCUGCAACCUGCGGAAACGGAUAAUUUUCCGCAAGAUCAGCGAGGUGAAGAAGGAGGAAGAGGAGCGUCAGCGGGCGAAGAACGAGGUGCAGCUCACCAUCCCGCAGGACCACCCGGUCAGGAAGCUCUUCCAGAAGUUCAAGCAGCAGAAGGAGCUCCGUAACCAGGGUGCCGCCGCCGCCUCGCAGCUGGACCUGGAGAAGAACCAGCUGCAGGUGGAGCAGCACCAGCAGCACCUCCACCCCCACAGCCUGCAGCUGGGCCACUCCAGCCUGCAGCACUCGCUGCCGCUCAGCCUGCAGCGGCCGCAUGUCUCGCUGCAAAACGGAGCUCCGCCCAGCAGCAGCGUCCUCACCGUGUCUCAGGUGACGCCCAUGCAGAGCUCGCUGGCCUACAGCCAUCCCAGCGAGCCGCCCGCCAAGCAGAACAACUGUGACAUCAUGGAGCUGCAGCCCAGUGCAGCCGGCGGCGAGCAGAGCGUCCGGCUGAAGGUCAACUCCAGUCCGGCUCUGGGGAAACCGACCGCUAAGGCCAGCGGCUGGAUGAGGCUGAAGAACAACAUGGCUCCGGUGGAGACGAGGAAGGAGGGUCUGAACAACAGCGUGAAGGCCGUCUCCGUGGAGAUGCUCUCUCAGGACGGUAAAGGUCAGGAGGCGGGGGGCGGUGAGGUCGAGGAGGGCGGCAGCAACAACCCGCUCCGUAAGACGGACUCCUGCGACAGCGGCAUCACCAAGAGCGAGCUGAGGAUCGACCGGGCCGGAGAGGCCAGGACCCCCGCUGCCGUCACCCCCCUCCUCCACAGCCCUCUCCCCGGGGGACCCGGGUCUCCUCACCCGUUCUGCCCGAUCCCAGAGCAGGCCCUGCAGGCGGCGCUGCAUGAGACCCGGCUGGAGCUCCGAGGCGACAUCCAGACUCUGGGAGGCCGUCUGGGCGCCCUGGAGAGUCAGGUAGCCGAGAUCAUCAAACUGCUGUCGGAGAAGCGGCGACCGUCCACCGGGGCGCCGCCCGCCUCCAUCACUCCCAAAACAAAAAUCCAACGUCAGGACAUCUUCACCGUUUCCAGGCCUGUUUCCCCCGACUCAGAGCGGGACGACGGGCUUUGAAGAGAGCUGAACCAGUGGUGCUGAGACCUUCUGGAGCAGCGCCUCCUUAUCCAGCUGCUGCCUCCAGCUGCACCACUGGUUGCCUCUUAACGUUUGCACACUGAUUCAGCCUCCAGGUCAGAGCUGCACCUCCUCAGUGACCCGGAGCCGGUUAUGAUUGUACAUACCUCUCUAUGCAUGUCCAGCUGGAUUCUGGCCUGCCAAAGAAACUCCACCUGACCGUACUUCUUGCCUGUAUAUUAUGCAGUUGACUGCAUGCAGAUUGAAUUUAAAGAGACGUUUUAUUGAGCUACACUGUACAUAUGAAUAUUUUUCAUUGAUAAUUUACUAUGUGGACAUUCAGGGUUUGCAUACUGGUAGCACUAUAAACAUUGAAUAACUAAAAGGGUUUCCUGGCAAAGGCACGGUGCAUGGAUUAUUUAUCAGAGAAAGGAGGAAGGAGUUUCUUCUUUUGUUUCUUUGCCUGUGAGAUGAAAUAGUUUGUUCUCACGUCGCCCUCUAUGAACAUAGAUUCCCAGAAGCAGCGUCCCUCAGAGCAGGGAGGGAUUUUUUAAUAUUAAUUAGUGACUUUUUGCUUCUUAUGAUAAUUUCUAUUUUUGACUACGGAAACGUCCUUCAGUUCUGGUGUCUGGUGAACCCUUACUUUGUUCUCCUCGUGUCUAUGCAUCGCUGGGGUAUUCUACCUUGGUGAAUGAAAGUUUUUAUUCUUUUUUUUUCCUUCCUUUUUUGUUCCAUUCCUCUGCAAGAAUCAGGGAUGGCAGAAUGCACUUUGGGUAAAGCCGGGAUGACAAGAAGGCUUUGGGGAAAUAACACGGAGUUUAGUUCACAUAAAAGUCCACUCAUGUAAUCCAACACGGCGGUCUUAACCAGCGUCUCCCUGCAGCUCCCGAUUCCAUUAACAGCUUCACCGCAGAAAGCUCAAGUAGUAAAAAAUGGAACACUCGACUUUUUAUGAGAUCGGUUCUGAAGACGUGCAUGCAGGAGGAGUAGUUUUAUGCUCCGUGCUUACACGUAUGAGAGCUGACACGCAUCGGACGCAGCGUGACGCCGUCUCUCGCUGCGACGCCCGAAGGCCCAUCGAGACCUUUUCUUCACAGGAGGUGAAUCAGUCGUUGCGUUUGUUUUUCAGGUCUUGUGAGAUUCAGACGCCGUCCUUCGCCCUUCUUUCCUCCCUCAAAACGCACAAAGCAUCGCGUUGAAUAAGACCACAGAUGUACAGUAGCCAUCAGAGGAGCUUCAUCUGAUCGUAAACCCAUAGAUUCCUGCUUUGUUACACCAGACGGAGUGAAGUGAAGGAAAGGUGGCAGAAAAUGGGCUUAAAGUGGAAGAACAUUAACCAACUAG